AUGGAAGUCGACUACCCUCCCCUCGCAGUCGUGAUGCCAGAGAGCGUGGAGUGUGCGGUAGAAAAGCGUCCUGGCGGUCGUUUCAAACGCAUAGCCCAGAAAAAGAAAGCUUACAAAGAGAAGAAGUUGUGGCCGGCAGCAGGCUCCAAGUCUGCCGAGAGUGGCUGCAAUGAUCCAGACGGCAAGGUCGACUACGUUCCCGUGGAAGUCGUGCGGUCAGAGGGCAUGGCGAGUGAGGAAAAAAAGCAUUCCGGCGCUCCCUUUAGACCUGGAAUCUUUAAAAAUCAAAUUUACACAAGGAAGAGAAAGUGUCGGGCAGCAGCCUCCAAGUCUGCUAAGAGUGAAAAGGACGGUAAUAUUGUGCCGGCGAGGAAGAGAGGGAGGCCAGCAGGCUCGAAGUCUGCUAAGAGUAAAAUGGGGCGCAGACCAGCAUUGGUCGAAACGAGCAGCAGUAGAAGUGAGCGCAAAAGAAAUAAAGAUGGUGAAUCUGACCCAACGCUCGAAAGAAUCACUUCCUCACAUAUCACAUAG